AAGGAAUUAAUAUCUCUUUACCUCCAAUGAUUUACAAAAUAUAUUUUCACAAAGACUUGAUCGCCAUCUUAAAAAAAAAUCAGUGAAAUUCAAAGUGAAGUUCAAAUAAAAACGACAAACACGUAUCCACAUAUUUUCAUUUUGUUCACAAAAAUGUCCUUCAUUCCGAGCAGUAUUUUAGCCGUCGAUCGUCCUUUGAAAAUAUUCGUUAAGGAAAAUAAUGUUUGCGAAAAACCUCUAGAAAAAAAAGUGAAAAGUGAGGACCUCGGUUUCAAAGGUCUAGAAGCCAAAAUUGCCUACGAAGAAACGAUUAGUCAAGAAAGUAGUCGCGAUACUCAAAAUAAUGAAGCAAAAAACAAAGUUACUAGUCAAAGAAGAAGGAAAAAACCUACUCGAAAAGGGCACAAAGUCACUCAAAAAAAUUCAGUUGAAAACGUGUCCAUAAAUUCGAUUUUCAAAGCAAUUGAGCAGAAAGAUAUGGCGUUUUUGGUGUCUAAUAUGCAUUCCGGCAACGUUAAUAUCUCCGAUGGAUUUGGCUGGACACCUUUAAUGUCUGCAGCAUAUGCUGGAAAUUUAGAGAUCGUAGAACACCUUUUAAAACUCGGUGCGAAUAAAAAAAUAAGAGAUAAGUCAGGACUAACAGCGUCGCAAUUAGCUUCUAAAAAUAAAUUCAUAGAGAUAGAAGAAAUUCUGAAAAGGAGAGAAAAUAAUUCUGCCGAGGCAAGUAAAGAUUCUUCCGGAAAUGUAACUACCCUUGUUGAUAAAAGAAUACCAGAAACAAAUAAUAAUUUUUACUGCAGUGUGUGCAAUUCGGCAUUUAAGGAUACGACAGUGAAAGAACACGAAUCGUCGAUUGUUCAUGUUUUUAAUACGAAGCCGAAGUUAUUAAAUGCUCAUUAUUUGGUUCCCAAGGGUAGCAAAGGAUACCAGAUGCUUAUAAAUUCAGGAUGGGAUGAAGAACAUGGUCUGGGACCUUCAGGCGAAGGCAGGAAGUACCCGAUUAAAACUACCUUAAAGCAGGAUCGAAGAGGCUUGGGACUUGAUAAGAAAAAUAUUCCAAAAGUGACUCACUUUCAACCUGGAGAUCCCAAGGCUGUGAAAGCAUCUAGAAUGUUUAAUCAGAGGACAUUGAAGAGGAAAGAUCGAGAAAGAGAUCUCAGGAUGGAAGCGAGAAAGGAAAAAGCUUUGCAAAUGCUGAACAGUCAGAAGAAACUCUUAAAGCACCUCGAAGAAGUCGAACAGAAAGCGGGAGAGAUUUUGACUGAUAGACAAGAAAUCGUGGCUUUGGAUAUGAGAAGAAAUGACGACAGAGUUGGGAUGAGAGCUCUUCAAAAACAGAAACACGACAAAGCUUGGUUAACGGUUGGACCAAUAUUAAUAAAAAUGAAUGCAAAAGCUGCAGAAGAAUUACUUGUAAAAGACCAGCAACAGUGCGAUAUAGAAAUUAACAAACUAAGAAGCAAUCUGAAAGUAAAAGUCAACGAACUGCGUGACUUGGAAAUGACUCCUCCUGUUCCUGGACUUAUGUUACAACCAAUGUCUGGCACAGAAAUGGCAGGAAUGAACCAAAUUCUUGGCAAAGGACUUUAAAUCAUCUAUCUAUAUUUUUAAUAGCUUCUAAGUAUGUAUAAAUAAUACUUUAUGUAUUAAUAAUAGCAGUAACGCGCGCGUUCGCGGCCCAGGAUUUGUAUUUUCUAUCAUUAAAAAUAUAAACAGUUUGAAAACAACAUAAAAUCUUAAAUACUAAA